UAGAUAAAGUGACUGUAAGAAAUUUUGCAGGAAUUGAAUAAGGCCAAAGUUCACCAAGAUUAACUACUAUCUUUAUAAACAGCUGUUAUAUCGAUAACUGGUCCAUCGAAAAAAUAUUACAUGUGGAAUUAAAAACUUAAUUCCCACAGUUUGCUUGAUACGAUUCCACAGAGAACUUGAACACGAGUUCACUUUGUCUCUUAACUACAGUUUAAACCAUGAAGACACUUUUAAUAUUCAGCACUUUGGCUGUUAUAUUUUGCAGCGGCGAAUGUGGCUUCAUCAGUCGUCUUUUUGGCGAGAAUGACAGUGAAAAAGAGCGAGACACUAGUUGUGUGAAAACAGAUGUAAAUGAAUACUUGGAUCGAGUGCUCGAGAAAGCCAGAAAAGAACUUCCAGACCCUAUGCGUUUACCUCCAAGAUCAACUAUUGUUGAAUUGAAUGAUGGUGUUCUUUGGGGCCUUUCUAACAUAACUCGACUCGGAGAAACUGAAGUCAGUUGUGAUGGCAAUACUAUAACCAUUAAAGGAAAAAUAACUACUGAUGAAUUAAAAGGUCGUUAUACCUGGUCUAAACUCACAAAACACAGUGACAGGGAAGGGUAUAUUGUUUUCAUUUCUCACGAUUUUGAGGCAGAGUGUGAAGUUAUCAUAGAGAGACAUGAAGGUGAAGGCGAGCCCACACACCCCAGACUCGAGAAGUUCGAUAUCAAGAAAUUCAAAGACGCUAAAAUUGAGAUGACUGGAUUAGGAUAUUUGACUUGGGCAUUAGGAGAAAUGACCACUCUGUUAUCUGGAAUAUUCCAGAGAGUCAUUGGAAACGCUUUGGAGGGACCCAUUAGAGAGGCACUUGAGCGACAGAUGCGAGAAAUCAACAUCGAAUAAAUUGUUUACAAUUAAAUAGCCUUAUAGUUUAAUCAUGAAUAAUGAAGUUUAUUAAUGUACUUCAGAGAGGAAAUAAAUUUUUUCAAUUCUUUGUUUAAAA